AUGCUGACACAGAUAUUUAUUUUUGCCUCUUAUAACGAAAAAAGCAAAAUAAAAGAAAAGAGAGAAGAGAAAAGCAUUAUCCCUUACGACGAGGAAGCCGUCGUUUUGAGGGUUCGUACAAAUCCUGAGAUCUUCCUUCAAACUCUUUCUUUGUCUCCUUUUUUAUCUCACUCCGUCGUCGUUUUGAUUCUUUCAAAGUUCUUCAUCCUCUGUUCCGCGCUGUUUUCUGGUUAGUCUAUCCCUUCUCCGGCGUCGUUUCGUUGUUUAACGUCUUUGCCUCUCUGAUUCUAUAUUGUUCUUCUCUGUAACCCAACAAUGAUAAUAAAAAUCUAACCUUUUUCUCUGUUAAUCGAAUUCGUAGUGUCUUUUACAUUUGUCUUGAAAGAUUGGAUAUUUUUUAUUAGGGUUUCUUCGAUUUCAUGGAAUUUAAUCUAUAAUUUGCUUCAGGGCACAAUUUUUUUUAUCAAAAUUAUUGUUUUUUUUGGUAAAGUUUGAAGCUUUGGAGUAAUUUUUUGAUUCAAGUUUGGUUUUGUGCAGGUGAGUGUUGAUUCUGAUGGAUGUCUUAGCGAAUCCAGGUCCACUUAAGGACAUUGUGUUAUAUGAUCAAGAGAAACAUGUUUCAUCUGCUGUUUGGGAUGGCCAGGAGCGAGGUGCGUUGAGGUGUCAUGAGCAUACAUCAAAGUUGGGUGAGUGGAAGCUUAAACCAAAGCAGAUAGAAUUGGUGGAGAGAGCUGGUUUUGGGUUUUUGAGACGGAUCCCUGCUAUUAGUCUUGAUAACCCUCUUAUCUCUGCGUUGGUUGAGCGAUGGAGGAGAGAGACCAACACUUUUCACUUCACUGUUGGGGAAAUGACUGUGACUCUUGAGGACAUUGCCUUGUUACUGGGAUUGGGGAUUGAUGGUAAACCUGUCAUUGGAUUAACGUAUACAACUUGUUCUGCGGUAUGUGAGAGGUACUUAGGAAAGUCACCAGCAUCUAAUUCCGCUAGUGGUGGGAUGGUUAAGCUUAGCUGGUUGAAAGAUAAUUUCUCUGAAUGUCCUGAUGAUGCAUCUUUUGAAGAAGUUGAGCGCCGUACACGGGCUUACCUUUUGUACUUAGUAGGGAGUACCAUCUUCUCUACAACCACUGGAAACAAGGUGCCUGUUAUGUAUCUUCCGCUGUUUGAGGAUUUUGAUGAUGCUGGAACAUUUGCUUGGGGUGCUGCUGCUUUGGCUUUCUUGUAUAGAGCACUUGGGAAUGCUUCUGUUAAAUCCCAAAGCACGAUAUGUGGUUGCUUGACGCUAUUACAGUGUUGGAGUUACUAUCACUUAAACAUUGGCAGGCCAAAGCUGAAUCGUGAGCCCAUCCAUGAUCAGUUCCCAUUUGUGCUUAAGUGGAAGGGGAAGCAAAAUGGUCCUACAGCAAACCGUGAUGUGGUCUUUUACCGCAAAGCAUUGGACGUCAUGAAGCCAACUGAUGUGGUGUGGCUUCCGUAUGAAAAUAUGAAUGGAGGAGAUAUGUCAGACCGUAUGAGAAAGUCUCUGCUGCUGGGUAGAUCGAAAACAAUGCUGAUAUCUUUUGACAAGGCGGAGAGACAUCUGCCUGAUCGCUGUCGCAAACAAUUUGACUUGUUUCAAGACAUCCCAGCAGAUGUGCAAAGGUGGGUAAGAAAGUCUCGGGGAGUUGAUGGAGGGGUUGACCUGUCGAAUAAAAUGGAAUCAGAGUUAAGCGAAUGGGAAAUGAGGUGGGAAAACAUUGUACCUGACGAUGUCCAAGGUGUUGACGAAGCAGACUACAUGAGGUGGUAUCUGGGAAUUACCCGAAAAAUUGUAGGAAGGCCCAUCUCUCUCUCAAGCGAGUUUCAAAGAACGAUUUCAAAUGUGAGGGAUAUAUUGGAGUUAGCUGAGAAUUUUCAAAUACAUGAUUUGGACCUUGAAAGAGGCAACAUGAUUUCACGGAUUAUAGGCCUUGCGCAAGAUUGCUUGAGAGAUCAAGUUGGGGUAACGGCUACACCAGAAACCCAGCAGCAGAUUGAACUUGGGAAAAGAAUGCGCGGUAAAGAAAGGGUGAGAAGGAAGGGGAUGGGAAAGAGAAGAAAAGGUAUUGAUCCAAUGGAAGAUUAUGGAGGUAGUGAAGAUGAAUCCCAGUUUGGACCUUUGGUUGAGGUUGGUCAGAUGCAUUUACCGCUUAGUCAUACAAACUCGGUUUACGAUGGAACACAUAUGUAUGAUGCUGUCACCAAAGUUGAUGAUAUGGAGCUUUGCGACACCAUCCCUCAAUUGCCUGAGACUCAAGACAUACACAAGAUUGAAGGGUCAUUGCUAGACGACACAGACAAGUUUGUUGAGGAGAGUAAGUUACAAGAAGAGUUUGAUGGCGAGGAGCCAACUGAGAGCUAUGAUGUGAAGAAAGAAGAUAAAGAAUCAAAGGUUGAAGAUGAUGAUGCAGCAAAGGGCUUUAGUGAUGUGAGCGGUGAAGAAAACGCGAACAGAGAGGAAGAAGAUGAAACAGAGAUGGGAGAAAGUGUUGCAGAGUCGUCUUCUCUUGAUAGAAGAGGAGAGAACACUGUGGUGGCUUGAAAGUAGUUGGUUUUCUUCUCAUCUGUUUAACCAAUGAGAAUUUCUGCCUCUUCUUUCUCUCGAGUUCAUGGAACUGUCAGAUUCAAUGAGAGUUAUACUAUACAUCAAGGCAAAUCAGGAUUGAUGAAGAAAAGCUGGAGGAGAAGUUGUGUUUAGUUUUUCUGUUGUGUUUUUUUUUUUUUGGUAACUUGUAGUCUUUUAAGUACUGCCUUUUUUCAAGAUUAUGUUAAAUUAUUUGUAGAAGGGUUUACAGAAGAAAGGUAGUUCUUUUGCCAGAUAUGAAGUUGUCGAAUGGUGAUACCAUUUGAUCUCUUACAGUCGAAUUAUGACUCUCUGAUUAUAUAAAUUAGGAAGAAAUUUCAUAAGAGAUGGAGUUUUC